UCUCGCCCGAUCAACUCGAUGCCGAUGCAGAUCCAUUACAGCCCACGUCCGUGUGCCCGCGGCCCGCAUGCUCCGUCUGCCACGGCCACUGGGGCGCCGCCCGGAUGGACCACGACGGUGCUCCGUCCUGCAGGGGCGCUGGAGCGCCGGGAUGGACGAAGGCCAAUGCUCGUUCCUUCAGCGGCUCGCUCGCAGCUGAAAAUCUUGCACCCGAACACAAGCCAUAGCCAUGGCGCCACCACGGCCACGCGUGCGGUUGCCGGCUCCGACGUCCAGACCUCGCCCACCGCCACUAGCUCUCGUGUCCAGGGCAAGCUGCUGCUGCAGAGCUCGGACUCGCCCAACAGCCCGCUCAGGCUCUCCCUCCAGCUCGUCAGCGCCACUGUCCCCGGGAGCGACGGGCGCGGCGUGAGAGGGGAGGUGGCAGCGCUGGACGCCGUCAUAUCGAGCGGUGAGACGGAGCUCGACGUGGAGCUGCUGUGGGACGAGGCCCUGGGCGCGCCCGGCGCACUACUGGUGACAAACAACUCCGACUUCCCCGUGUACCUGCAGCUGCUGAGCCUGAGCUCGCCGGACGUCCACUUCCUCUGCAACGGAUGGGUCUACCCCGUCGAUAAGCACCCGUACCGCCUCUUUUUCACCAACGACGCGUACGUGAAGGAGAAGACGCCGGCGGCGCUGCUCAAGGACAGAGAAGACGAGCUCCGUCUGCUCCGGGGAGAGGGCUUGCCGGCCGACAAGCCGCUGCAGAAAUGGGAGCGCGUGUACGACUACGCGUUGUACAACGAUCUGGGAAACCCGGACCUGCGCAAGGACCUGGCGCGCCCGGUGCUGGGAGGCUCCAAGGAGUACCCGUACCCUCGCCGGACCAGGACCAGCCGGCCUCCGAGCAAGGCAGAUCCGGCGAGCGAGACGAGGGCGUCAAUGGAGGAAGCGAUCUACAUCCCGUGCGACGAGCGUACCGGCCCUGUGGCCUCGUUACCCAUAUUUCCCAAACUGGACGGUCACUUCGGGUCGCUGGCGGAUGUCCACGGCCUCUUCGACACCAACGCCAAGCCCUUCCCAUUCCCCGUCCCACAGGUCAUCUCAGCGAAUCGAACAGGUUGGCGGACGGAUGAAGAGUUCGCCAGGCAGACACUCGCAGGGGCAAAUCCCCUGUCCAUCGAGCUUGUCACCGAGUUCCCACUCACGAGCAAGCUUGACCGGGCUGUGUAUGGUGACCAAGACAGCAAGAUAACCAAAGAGCACAUUCAGAAGAACUUGGGAAACAUGAAUGUGGAGCAGGCAAUAGAAGCGGGCAGGCUGUACACCGUGGAUCACCACGAUUGGGUGAUGCCGUACCUGAAGCGCAUCAACGAACUGCCGGGCACCGAUGAGAAGGGCGAGAUCUCUCAGAGGAAGUCGUAUGCGACAAGGACGCUUUUGUUCUUGCAAGACGACUCGACACUCAAGCCGCUGGCGAUCGAGCUCAGCUCGCCGCACCCAGAGGAUGAGCGCCUCGGCGCCACCAGCACUGUGUAUACUCCGUCGGACGAACUCAAAGCCGGCGGUGAUACCUUCACCACGUGGGAACUCGCCAAGGCCCACGUAGCUUCCAACGACACCUGCAAGAACAACUAUGUCCUCCACUGGCUGAGGACGCACGCGACGAUGGAGCCGGUGGUGAUCGCGGCGAACCGGCAGUUGAGCGUGCUGCACCCAAUCCACAGGCUCCUCAAGCCGCAUUUCCGGAAUACUUUGAACACAAACUCCACGGCGCGACACAUCGCCAUCGGCGCCGGCGAUCAGCGGCAGAGCGGUGACUUAUUCCGCAACAUGCACGAGGUCAACUACUUCUCUGGCAAGUACGGCAUGGAGAUGUCCUCCAAGGCAUACAGUUCAUAUAACUUCACCCAGCUCGCUUUCCCCAACGAACUCGUCAAGCGAGGUAUGGCGCGGGGCGAUCCGAAGUACCCUGAGGAGCUGGAGCUGCUGAUAAAGGACUACCCGUACGCAGUGGACGGGCUGGAGAUCUGGACGGCCAUCAAGAAAUGGGUCACCGAUUACUGCAUGAUAUACUACGCCGACGGAGACAGCGCGGUAGCGGGCGACAGCGAGCUGCAGGCAUGGUGGAGUGAGGUGAGGGACGUGGGCCACGGCGACCUGAGCGACGCGCCGUGGUGGCCGGCCAUGGACUGCCUCGACGACCUCGUCGAGACCUGCGCCACCAUCAUUUGGCUCGGAUCGGCUUACCACUCGGCCGUCAGCUUCGGGCAGUACGCGUACAAUGGCUUCGUCCCGAACCGCCCAACCAUCACCUCCAGGGAGAUGCCGGCCGACGCCGGGGCGGUGGUGACCGAGGCCGAAUUCCUCGGCAGCAUCACGCCGAGGACCGAGGCCUUCGGCAUCAUGGCGCUCACCAUGAAACCGCCGGUGAAGCCGGGAGAGCCGCUCAUGGGGGAGCGGCCCGACACGGAACGGUGGACGAACGAGCAGCGGGCGGCCAAGGCGCUACUCGAGUUCAACGCGAAGCUCGACGCCGUCGCGGAAGCUGUCAAGAAGAGGAACGCCGACACCACGCUGAGGAACCGGAACGGGCCCGUGGAGGUGCCGUACACGCUGCUCGCGCCGAGGGCGGACCCUACGGCACCACACGUCGGUGGGAUUCCAAACAGCAUCGCCGUCUGAGGGCAUGUACAAUCGAGGCAACCCCUUGGUGCUGCCCAGCCAUCCACAUAGAUAAACUGAAAUGAAGCUACUAGUCUAUGUCACAAUCACCCAAUGGAAGCUACUUCCUUUAAUGACAUGAUCACACUUUU